CUAUUUCCAGUGUAUAAUUUCCUUAUUUACUACUGCUGCCCAAUAACCUCUUGUCGAAUAUCAUAAUAAAAGAGCUGUGAUAUUUUAAGAGUAUAUAAUAUAAUACGUACAUGUCUCUUGCCUCACCUAUAGAGCCUUCAAUUCUGUAUGCACUCAAAUAUCAACUGAAGAUCUCAUCACUGCCUCCGAAAACUUUAAAGUUUAACGCUCAUCGUCAGUCGAGGAGGAUCAGCAGCCGAGUACACACAUGCUAUUAACAGACUAGCCAUCAAGUAGCAACAACAUCCAAAUUUUUUGUUGCAAGCAUGUAUUAAUUAUAAAAAAUAUUUUCAAUGAAAAUUCUUAGUGUUUGGGCUAACAGAUCACAGAAUUGCAUGGAAAGUGUCAGAGUGCGGAAAUAGUAUUCUUGAUCUAAAAAUAAAGCACCAACAUACAAAUACAUACCGUACAGUGUGAAAUUGAAUAAAACAAAAUAAUUUUUCGUACAAAUUUGGAUUAUCAAUUAAGAAAAAAUUAAUAUACACAAACAUGUCCACCUCACCGCCAGAAUCGGCUUCACCCACCACCUGUGCCGUAUGUCAAACACCAGCAAAGCUUUACUGUUCAGCAUGCAAGCUGGUGAAAUACUGUGGCGCCGAGCACCAAAGGCAGCACUGGAAGCAGCACAAAACCGAAUGUCGACCAUUUCGUAUAGCCAAAGAUAGGGUUUUAGGACGUUACUUGAGAGCCACGCGCCCAAUUAAAGCAGGCAGUGCGAUUUUCGUUGAAAUGCCAAUUAUUGUCGGUCCAAAAUGGUAUCUAAAUGAGCGCGAGGAACAAGUGCCAGUUAUGCCGUGUGUAGGAUGCUUCACACCUUGCCGCAUGGGCAUCCAUCAAUGUCCCAAAUGCCAUUGGCCAACAUGCUCCGCAAACUGUGGAGGUUUGGAUAAUCCGAAUCUUCAUGGCCUGGAAUGUACGAUACUUAUGCUAGGGCCCGGUCCAGCGUCUUCAGAUCCUCGCUCACUUAUAGACUACUAUCGCUCGGAUGCUUUAGUUGUGCUUAAGUGUCUGUUAUUGCAACGUCAAAAUCCAAAAAAAUGGGCUGAGCUAAUGGAUAUGCAAAGUCAUGAGGAGGAGCGUGUUGGUUCUGAGUUACAUGAUGAUGCCGAAAAGAGGAUUGUCUCUUAUCUAGAACGGAACUUCCUGCACCGCCUAAAAAGCGUUGAGCAAAAACAAAAGCAAAAAUAUCUGCACGAGUAUGACACACCGGUUCUGCAUCGCAUUUGUGGCAUCAUUGAGACGAAUUAUAUGUGCAUUAAUUUGCCAUCUGGCAUUGAGUUGAGCGGCGUUUUCUACACGGCCUGUAUGAUGGAGCACGCCUGCCAACCAAAUUGCUACUUUCAAUUCGACCAGCGUAACGGCUUCAAAAUCUCUGUUAUAGCCGGUAGAGAUAUUGAGAGAGAUGAACACCUAAUCAUCAUGUACUCAAACAUGUUAUGGGGCACACAGAUGCGCCAGGAGCACUUGACCAUGACAAAGCAUUUUCUCUGCAAAUGUGAACGCUGCCGCGAUCCCACAGAAUAUGGUACUCAUUUCAGUUCAAUGCUAUGUAUGGGCGAUGAAGGAGAAUCAUGUGAAGGUAUCCAAUUGCCAAAGGAUCCCCUCGAUAUUAAAAGCGACUGGGCAUGCAACAAGUGCCCGAUCACGAUCAGUGGGGAAGAGGUUCGUUAUCUUCUGACGCAAAUGGCCGAUGAAGUUGAAAAUCUCUUGGCUCGCAAACCUACAGUUAAACAAUUGGAAGCACUUAUCGAAAAACUAUCGAAAUUUCUGCAUCCUCACCACUAUCAUUUGUUCAAUUUGAAGCACACACUUAUACAAUUAUACGGCACGGAAUCUGGUAAUUUACUGAAAAAAAUGGGUGAAGGACUUUUAACCAAGAAAUUACAAUUAUGUGAGGAACUUUACGAUAUCUGUCAAAAACUGGAUCCAUACACCAUACGCUUGUCAAUUUAUGUUGGUAUUAUACUGUACGAAAUGCAAACGGUUCUGGUUGAGCGCGGCAAACCUGUACUAGCAAGUAGUAACAAGAACGAAGAUAACACAGCGAAGGCAUUUGAUGCCUUUAAUUUAGCUCGCAAGAAGCUGCUUAAAGCGGCCAAGGUCUUGGAAAAGGAGUUGGAUAAUGUGGCAGGCAGCAAGCUGAGCGAUGCUGUACUAAAGUCGCUUAACGAAUUGGAUACGUUAAUCAAGAAUAAUAGCUAACUUAGCAGUUUAUUAAGUAGCACCUAAGUGCCAUCCUUAUUUGCCUUCCAAUGAAUAAAUAUACAUUUGUUUAUUCUAUUUGUAUAUUUUUGAAUAGUUAUGCUUUUUCACGAGUCUCUCGUCCCAAAGUUACUGUUUUAUUGCAUUUGAUUUCAAUUGUAUUAAAUAUUUUCAGCUUUCUCUGAAGAUUAUUAAUUUGAGAAAGUUAACUCCAUUGACUAUUUUUUCAUGUAUACAUAGAAUAAUAGAAUUUCUAAUUCCGCCUUAUAUUGCAACGGCAAAUUAUUAUAAAUAUGAAUAUUUUGAAUUUUUUUCAAUUAAUUUAAUUAUUUGUUUACAUUUUCUGUUAAAUAAGAGUAAGCUCUUAAAUUAAUUGUAGUACAGUGGGUAAAGAUUUUCAUUCAGCAUUAGUUAAAAAUGUCAACUGGUUCUUGAGGGGCAUCCAAGUCCCUGUACUGUGUUAAUUGACGAUACUUAUUAGCGGGUCUGUAAGCAUAUAAGCAUAAAUACAAUUUAUUUUUAUUUAAACUCUUUUAAUUUUCUUUAUGGAUUAUUUAAAAUUACUUAAUUCAUUAAACUAAAAAACCAAAUUAAGAAAAGUUAAAAUUAGCAUUAGCAUCAAGUGGUAGUAAUGUAUUGCAUAAAACUUGAAGUGUUUUGAAAAGUUUCCGUCACGAAAAUGAUUAUAUACAGAAAACAACUUUAAACUAAGCACAACCGCUAGGACAUUUUAACUGUUUAUGUUGAAGUCAUAAAUUGUACAUGGUUAUUAAUUCGCUGAA